AUGAGCCGCCCGUCCUCCGCCGGCCCCGGCGCUAACAAACCCUGCAGCAAGCCGCCGCCGCCGCAGCCCCAGCACGCCCCGGCCCCGGCUGUGCCCCCGGCCGCCGCCACCAUCUCGGCCGCGGGCCCCGGCUCGUCCGCCGUGCCCGCCGCGGCGGCGGUGAUCUCGGGCCCCGGCGGCGGCGGGGCUGGCCCGGUGUCCCCGCAGCACCACGAGCUGACCUCGCUCUUCGAGUGCCCGGUCUGUUUUGACUAUGUGCUGCCCCCCAUCCUGCAGUGCCAGGCCGGGCACCUGGUGUGUAACCAAUGCCGCCAGAAGCUGAGCUGCUGCCCGACGUGCAGGGGCGCCCUGACGCCCAGCAUCAGGAACCUGGCUAUGGAGAAGGUGGCCUCGGCGGUCCUGUUCCCCUGCAAGUAUGCCACCACAGGCUGCUCCCUGACCCUUCACCACACAGAGAAGCCAGAGCAUGAAGACAUCUGUGAAUACCGACCCUACUCCUGUCCCUGUCCUGGUGCUUCCUGCAAGUGGCAGGGGUCCCUUGAGGCUGUGAUGUCCCAUCUCAUGCACGCCCACAAGAGCAUUACCACCCUUCAGGGAGAAGACAUUGUCUUUCUAGCUACAGACAUUAACCUGCCAGGGGCUGUCGACUGGGUGAUGAUGCAAUCAUGUUUUGGCCAUCACUUCAUGCUGGUGCUAGAAAAACAAGAGAAGUACGAAGGCCACCAGCAGUUCUUUGCCAUAGUACUGCUUAUCGGCACUCGCAAGCAGGCCGAGAACUUUGCCUACAGACUGGAGCUGAAUGGGAACCGCCGGAGGCUGACCUGGGAGGCCACGCCCCGAUCCAUCCAUGAUGGUGUGGCUGCGGCCAUCAUGAACAGCGACUGCCUGGUUUUUGACACAGCCAUAGCACAUCUUUUUGCAGAUAAUGGGAACCUUGGAAUCAAUGUGACUAUUUCAACAUGUUGUCCAUGA